UCCCAGCAACACCAGCUAAGGUCGAAGUUCGAGUUACCCAUGAGUAGCAGCGAUGGAGCAUCGACGGCGGCGACGACGACGAAGAAGACCGUUGCAGUGGCCGUGAGCGGCCGACGCCGACGUGCCGUCCGUUGGGCUCUGGAGAAUCUCAUGCCUCAUGCCGAUCGCUUCGUGAUCGUACACGUCAUGCCUGUCGUUGAUUCAAUUCCCACACCAUCGGGAAACUAUAUCCCAAUCAAGCAAAUGGAAGCCGGUGUGGUAGCCAUGUAUAUGCAGGACACAAAGUUGAAAUAUGAAAAAAUCUUCCUUCCUUUUAAGAGAUUAUGCAAAACAAAAGAGAUGGAAACUUUGGUGCUAGAAGAUGGCAAUCCUGCAGCUGCACUUUUGAGAUAUGUAUCUGAUUCGGGUAUUAAAAGUUUAGUUCUGGGAUCAUCCUCCUCAAAUUGUAUUACGAGGAUACUAAAGGGCACAGAUGUACCAUCUGCUGUUCUGAAUUCUUCCCCAGACACUUGCGAUAUCUACAUUGUAGCAAGGCAGAAAGUUAUCAGAAAAUUGGCCAAUCUCUUCUCUACUGAUGGGAGCAAAGCUGGGCAAAGGCUGUUAACUCAAAGAGAACAUGGAGAAGAACCCAUUAGCUUUUGUAACCCGCUUCAUCAUACCUCUAUUAAAGGAAGGAUUAACGAAGCCUCAGAAGUGUUAUCAGAAGUAGAUGACAGUAAUCCAUAUUCUCAAACAUAUAACUAUGGCAGUUUUUCAAGUAACACCACUUCAGAAUAUCAAGGAACCCAUCAAAACAUUGGGAAUAGGAGCCAUAAUUUCAUGACUUCUCUUACAGAUGGCAAUCAGUCUGAGGUGCAGGCUGAAGUGGAGAAACUACGGGUAGAAUUGCAAACUACCCUAGCAAUGUACAAACAAGCUUGUAAAGAACUGGUCUACACUCAAAGCAAGGUUCAGUUACUUUCUUCUGAAUACCUGGACGAAGCAAGGAAAGUGAAUGAUGUCUUGGAGAGGGAACAAUGUUUGAGAAAAAUUGCUGCUGAAGAGAGAGCCAAGCAUUUGGAAGCUGUAAAAAAAGUUGAGGUGGCAAGACAAUUGCUUGAUAAAGAGACCCAUGAAAGACAAGUGGCAGAGCAGAAUGCCCUCAAAGAGUCUGCGGAGAGACUGAAAAUGAUUGACACACUAAUUUUAAGUGACAAAAGGUACAGACGGUACACAAAGGAUGAAAUAGAAGUUGCAACUGGUUCCUUCUCCAAUGAUAAGCUGAUAGGUGAGGGAGGGUACGGAAAAGUAUAUAAAUGCAGCAUUGAUCACACUCCCGUGGCUGUCAAGGUUCUUUGGCCAGAUGCAUCUGACAAAAAAGAGGAGUUCCUGAGGGAGGUUGAAGUUCUUAGCCAGCUACGCCAUCCACACAUGGUUUUACUUCUUGGAGCCUGUCCUGAAAACGGAUCUCUUGUCUAUGAGUACAUGGAAAAUGGAAGUCUUGAAGAGUGUCUUCUCGAAAGCAAGGGCACUCCUCUCCCGUGGUCUGCUCGGUUCCGGAUCGCUUUUGAAGUAGCUUGUGGGCUUGCUUUCUUACAUAGCACAAAGCCAGAACCAAUUGUUCAUCGAGAUCUGAAACCAGGAAAUAUCUUGUUGGACAGGAACUAUGUGAGCAAGAUUGGUGAUGUUGGGCUGGCUAAAAUUGUGUCGGAAAUUGUGCCAGACAACAUUACACAGUAUAGAGAUUCCAUUCUUGCCGGUACCCUCUAUUAUAUGGAUCCUGAGUACCAGAGAACAGGUACUAUCAGACCGAAAUCAGAUCUAUAUGCACUUGGAAUAAUCACCCUCCAAUUGUUGACAGCUCGUCAUCCAAAUGGCCUGCUGAUAACUGUUGAAAAUGCCAUUAACAAUGGCUCCCUGGCGCACAUACUAGACGACUCAGUUACAGAUUGGCCUCUUGUUGAAUCAGAAGAACUAGCGCGAAUUGCAUUGAAAUGUUCCAAACUCAGAUGCAGGGAUAGGCCAGAUCUUGAAUCAGAAGUGCUGCCAAUUCUCAAAAAGCUUUCAGAUAUGGCAACUGCUAGUGUCAAGUUACGAGGAAGCAAUAUUUAUGCACCAAGCUAUUACUUCUGUCCAAUCCUUCAGGAAAUAAUGGAGGACCCAUACAUUGCAGCCGAUGGUUUCACCUAUGACUACAGAGCAAUUAAGGCAUGGCUAGAGAGACAUACUGUAUCUCCUGUGACAGGGCUUUCACUUCCCCAUACCAAUCUAACCCCAAACAAAACAUUGCGGUCAGCCAUACAAGACUGGAAAACACGUGUAAGCUUCUCAAGUUAACUGGAUAGAAUAGAUGUACCCUUUACUUUGUUCCUGAGCACAAUUUCCUUGUCCACAUGAUUAGCCACCAAUGAAGCACCAUGCAAAACUGAAACUGUGCUCUGCUUUGAUACCCAGAUUGGUUUUUGGACUAAAUGUAUAUA